AUGAUGGCGGACGCCGCGGACUCGCCGCCCUCGCAAGGGGCGUAUAAGGCACCGCAUGAUGAGGCGUUUAGCCGUCUUUUGAAGUUGAUUCCAGCGAAGUUUUACGUGCCAGCGGCACACGACGAAGUGAUCGACUCCAAGUACCAAAAGAACAAACGUACCAAGAGCCAGAAACAGAAGGAGGCAGAAGAACGAAAGUUAAUGACCAAAUCGUCAAAGCGAUCUAAGCUUGAUCCCGACAAUGCAAAGAGCAUUGAAGACGUGCAAGCGGAGCGACGUGCCGAUAUGGACCUCGAGUUCGAGAUGGACGACAAUGAGAGCAAUGAGGAAGAAGAAGAGGACAGUGUAGAUAUCGAAACGGAAGAUGCCGAUGAUGUACAUGAGGAGAAGGAAGAAGCAGAUCAGACGUCAACGACCCAACCAACGCGACGAGCGACCAUUGCCGAGCUACGAGAACGAUUGCAUAACAAGAUCCAAAUGCUGCAUAACAAGCGCCAUCCACAUGAUACAACAGCUAAGGAUGGGCCAAGUACCAAGGAAGAACUCUUGGAAGCGCGACGAAAACAGCGUGGCGAAAUGCGUGAUCGUCGUCGACGUGAGCGCAAGGAAGCAAGGAAAUUGGCCAAGGCAGGCGUUAAAGGCACAAGCACAGACAAACCUACUCUCGCUGCAGGCAAUGCUCGCUCUGCUGGCUUGCUGGUGCAUGAUGCUAACGGUAUGACCAUGACGCCUACCAAGUCGGACGACAACCUGGAUACGAACCUGUCCUUUAGCCAGGUCUCCUUUGAGACGAGCCAUGCGCCUGACCCAGCACGAAAGAAUAAGUAUGCAUUGCCCAAGGACCCUAAGGCGGCGCUAGCCUCCUUGGAAGCUCGCAAGCGAAAAGAGGAAGCGAGGAUUCAGAAGCAGAUUGAAGGUGGCCAAGAUGCGGCGCAAGCCCGGGAAGCUGCGCUCGAGUCGGAGCGGUGGGGCAAGGCCCUGGCGGCUGCCGAGGGCGUUCGCAUUCGCGAUAAUGUGCAUAUGCUCAAGCAGACGAUUAAGCGUCGUGAGAAGUCGAAAGAAAAGAGUACAAAGACAUGGAAUGACAGGCGACGUGCCGAGCAAGAGGCGCAAGCCGCUAAGCAGAAGAAGCGUAUGGAAAACUUGGCUGCCCGCCGUGAUGCCAAAAAGACAGGCGGCAAGCCCAAGAAGCCUGCAGGCAAGCCUGCCAACAAGGCACGCCCUGGAUUCGAAGGUAGUGCGCGUGGAUUUGGCGGUGAUCACCGCAAGGCCGGCGGCGCCUCGCGGCCUGCGAAGCGAUGA